UAAAUGCGGUGACGGCUUGCCAUACCGUCGGCGGCCGUCAUGGAGGCGCAGCAGAGGCAGUAGCUGGGCAACAAACGCAGAAUCCCUCCGCUGCAUCGCCUCGUGCCAUCAGAACAGGUCCACGACCGAACCGAACCGAACCGGACCGGACCCUAGCCAGCAGGAGCCGCCAAGAUGAAGCACUUCCUCCGAGUGGUGACCCAGUUCUUCGCCUUCCUCUACUGUAAAUGUCUGUGGCGAGGUCUGAAGUUCGUCACCAGGAAGUUGACGGGCCGCUGUGAGCUGCAGAGGAUCUGCUAUAGCAACAAGCCGGGAGCACGCAGGACUUUGAAGAUAGAGUCGUCCCUGCGUUACUCCAAGUACGAGCUGCUGCGGUCGGCCCUCAGCGUCCAUCCUGACCAGGUGGAGAAGACCAUCGACGACAUCAUGGCCCUGAAGAAGAUCAACCCGGACACCAACCCGCAGCUGGGCGUCUCGCUGCAGGCCAGCCUGCUGCAGAUCACGGGCUACCGGAGCCUGAUGGCCGAGGUGGAGAAGCUCCGCAGGGAGCCGUACGACUCCGAAAACGCCGAGCAUGAGAGCAUGCUGAUGAAGCUGUGGAAGGAGCUGCGUCCCGACACGCCCCUCACCGGACGCAUCUCCAAGCAGUGGUGUGAAAUCGGUUUCCAAGGCAACGAUCCCAAGACUGACUUCAGAGGGAUGGGCCUGCUGGGCCUGCAGAACCUGCUGUAUUUUGCAGAACAUGACAGAGCGGCGGCGCUGCAGAUGCUCCAGGACUCGCUGCAGCCAAAGCACAAGAGUUCUCACAGAAAGCCCAGUGAGCUGAACCAGCCUGACUGGGAGCAGAAGGUCCCUGACAAAGCCAUCGGAUAUUCGUUCGCCAUCGUGGGCAUCAACAUCACGGACCUGGCCUACUCGCUGCUGGUGAGCGGCGCCCUGAAGACCCACCUGUACAACGUGGCGCCGGAGAUGGCCGACCUGCAGCACUUCCAGCAGAUCUUCUGUUACCUGAUGCAGGAGUUCCAGCGGUUCUGGAUUGAGGAGGAUCCCAGUGACAUCAUGGAGUUCAACCGGGUCCGCUCCAAGUUCCACCGGCGGAUCCUGCGGCAGCUGAAGGACCCGGACAUGGCUCUGUGUCCCCACUUCUCCGCCUCCGACCUCCACCUGGUCAACCUGUGACCCCCCGAACCCCAGACGACCUCCAGCGGGCCGGCGAAGCGUCACGCUGACGAUUCCCCGACCCGCCGGAGGCGUUUCCCAGCUAGCAUCACGUCGUCACUGCCAGCAGCUCACCGUCCCCGGCGCUCCGCCUGCUCCUGGUCGCCCUCUAGCCUCCACGUUGUCUGCAUGUCUGGCUGACAUGUCGGUCCACAUUUUAUUUCAAUUACUUUAAUUAGUGGCAGAGAGGUUCAAGCAUCACAAUGCAAACUCCAAAACACACAAACAACAACAAAAAAACAAAUGUGACGGAGAAAUGCUGCCAAACAAAAAAAAAAGCAAAACAAAAAUUGAAGUCCUCCAGAACACUAGGGGGAGUCUGGAGUCUGUAAUGUUACCUUCCUACAUAGCACACCUCUUCAUUCUUCCUCUGUCGGUCACCUGGACAUCCCGUCUUUCUUUGUGUGUUUUGCUGUUUGCCGCGUAUUUGCACCUUGUCUUUGGCCAAAAACCACGAGCCAUUUCUCCCGCCGGCUUAGCGUGUUUGUUGUCGUUGUAUUUCCCAGAAUGCCCUGCGCUGAAGUCCACUUCCUGCUUUUGGAGCGGUCUCUGGUCCGCUUGGUGUUCUUAUAAGCAUUCAAACCGAAUCAGAGUUCACUUGGAGGACCAGAGUUAGCUUAGCAUUCACUCCUCACCAACAGAACUGAACCUUAAACACAUAAAAUAACUUUUUUACCAAAUAAAUCCAGAGUUCAGCCCAGAUCCCUGUGGUCCAUUUCAACAGUAAUAAGUUUAACAACAAAAAACACUCAGUUAGCGGUUAGCAUGUGGACGAGAAGUUCAAACGCAGCAGAAAGUGUGGAAAGUAUCCGUUAGGGUGGAGUUAGCAUCGUGCUAACGCCAGGUGCAGUUGCUAUAAUGUGGUUAUUUCCCUCAAUCAGUUUGACCUUCCUGUCUCAUUCACUGCCUCCGGCUGCAGCUCAGACCACCAGCAUCAGGACGACCUUGGCGAUUGUAGCUGCUUCUCUCCGUUUCAUCGUUGCUUUAAGGAAUCGUGUCGAUUGUAUCGCAGCCGUUUCACCUCAGACAUGAACGUUUUCAUCAUUUCAUUCGUAGAAGCCGUCUGUUGGGACGUCGACGUGCCGCUAGCGACACGUUUUGUGUUUCUGGUGUAUUUAGAGGAAACGCUCCUGGUGGUUUUAUGAACUUAAUGAGCUGCUUCACCUUGUAUCUGUAUUACUGAAACUGCCAUAGAUUGUAAUGUACAUUUUCUGGACACUUGAACACCAGGGACGUCUUCUUGCCAAAAACACUCAGCAGCAGUUAGUUUGUAGCUCAAUAUUAAACACUAAACAAAGAAACAAACAAACAAACAAAAAAAGCUAAAUGGUGUUUCAAUAUUUCAAUAUGAAAGUUGAGUCACUUAUAAAUAUUUCACAUCUCAGAGUUUUUGCACAUUUUCUUCUGUUCUGAAUGUUUGAAUCUGUUUCAUUUCCUGAAUGUUUCUAUCGUUGUUUCAACCAAAGCAAUAAUUUCCUUUGGUUUCUGUGAACGCGCCGCGCGUGCCUGCUUGUCUCGCUUUGUGGGUCGGAGCUGAAGGUCAGGCUGCUGCACACACACCGAGAGGUCAAAGGUUAAACAGAUCUGUUCUGGUCAUUGUCUCUCCGGUGUGCAUAUCUUCAGAUAAGAUAUUUAAAAAAACGUGUUAAAGUUAUCAAAUUAGAAUUUGUUGGAAAUGAAACUAGUCAAUAUGACUGAACAUUUAAUCAGAUGGAUGUUGACAUAUUAAAAGUACUUUUUGAAUAUUUAACAGACAUCCAAAGGUCUAUUAAAAGAGAAAAAUAAAAACUUUAUAAAAUGUAAGGAUAACUUUAACUGGGUCACUUUUUAUUUUUUUACUUUGUUUUGUUUGUUUCCUCUGGAGGAACAUAGUUUUAACUGUAACCAUGUAAAUGAGAUAAAUCAGGACUUCAGAGUUAAAGUUUAAUCAUGUUUCAAAGCGAUAGUUUGGACUAACUGAAGUGUGGUCAUGUGGAGCUGUUAGCAGUCAGUAUCUUACCUGCAGCAGAUGGAAACAUUAGCUUGACUCGCCACGUUUCUCCAAACUGAAUCUGUUUGUGUCUCCAGAAAUCAUUAAAAACAAAAUAACUAAAUUCAACAUUUAAAUUUUUAUACUUUCACUGCAAGGUAUCAGGAAAGAAACCAAAGAUUGUUAAACCUUUCAGCUUCUUUUUAAAUGUCUCAUCUUGAUAUUUUGGUGACCCUUCAGAUUUAAGUUAUUAAUCUGAAACAAUAAAUGAAUUUUAUUUAGACUAAAGAGGGGUAAACUUCCCGUUUAUUGGCUCAGCAGCAGUCUGAUUGUCUCGGCGCCAAGUUGCUCUAAGUUGCACAUUUCCUUUAAGGUCGUUGCUUUGCUUUAAUAUUCAUCACCACGGUGUGAAAAUCCUUACAGAAGAUAACAUGUACAGCAUCAAUGUUUACUGCCACCGCUGGUCGAGUUGAAGCUUUUAGUCGGUGUUUAGCAGACGCUGAAUGUUUCUGAUUUCACCUCAUUCUGCCGCUUUGCUUUGCUCUAGAAUAUCUUAGGUUAAUCUGGUAAUUCCACUGUAUCCUAGAUGAAUUUAGGCUCCAGUAUUCUGCUUUAAUCUGCAUGGAUGUUUUCAUUCGGUAUGCUUCACUAAAGUACUGUAACGGUAUUGUAACUGUGGAUUUAAUUUGUCUGAGCUGUACUUUUAGAAACAUUAAUAAAAAUUAAAUGUCA